AUGGGUCGAAUAACCAUGAAUGGUACCAUUACGGUGGACGAUACUGAUGGCCAGAUAGAAGUCCAAGACAACAUGCUGGGGGCUUAUCAGCUGUCGUUGAGCGCACAGUUUCUGUCACGUUUCAAGGUGUCAUCGUCUUAUGCUUCCGUCAAGAUUAUUGAAGGAUCUUAUCGCGGGACCGACCUUGGCGAAACGGAAUGCAUCCCCCGCUCUUCUACUCCAGAUUGGUGCAAGACUUUCUUUCUAGAUUUUGUUCCCGGCGACGGAACGGUUGUGGAGAUUAGCAUAUACGAUUUCAACAAUGGAUCUACCGCUUACAAAAUUGGAGGGUCUAGGAUCAGGAUUGAAGAAGUCGCAAAACGAAAAGGAAUUGAGGUUCCACUCUCCGGUAGCCUCUCGAAUGUUAGACUGAUGUGUCGACUUGACAAAUGCAUGAUGGGGACCGAAAAAGGAGAUCUCAUCUUUCAUAUACGCGGCCUUGAUAUGAACAACAAAGAACCUGGACCUUUUGGAUUGGGUCGAUCUGACCCAUUCUAUGAAAUAUCCAAAAAGCAUCCAGAUUCAUCAGAUAGCGAUAUCGAAGAUUGGAACGCAGUCUAUAGAUCCGAACAUAUCACGAAUCAUCUUAAUCCAAUGUGGAAAGAUGCGCGAUUAGGCUUACCAGAGCUGUGUUUCGGGGACUUGGACUGGCCUCUCAAGAUCACCGUAUACGACUACGACAAGAACGGAAAACAUGACGAAAUGGGAUCAGUUGUCACUUCCGUCAAAGAGAUGCAACAAAGAAUUUCUAUCCGAGGCAAUUCCGAUCGAGCUCAAGCCUUCAUGUUAACCAAAGAAUUGCGUGGGAGACAGUCCAAUACUGGAUUCCUUUGUAUUUUGAAGGCAUCCAUUGGUCCACCGGGCGACCGAAAAACGAUACGCGCUGGACGGAAACAACAAGAUGGCGGCGGCAAGCUUUCUGCCUGGAUCGCUUUCGGACUCCUCAUUUUCAUGGUGCUUUUGCCAUUGAUCAUUGGACUUGUGAUUGCAAGAGAAGAAGAAAUGACGGUGGAUACCACUCCAGAAACUACCUUUGACUCAUAUUACGACGAUUACAAAAGGGAUUUGAAUGUGACGCUGAGGGAUGGCAUCAAGUCGGGAUAUCUGUCAGGGCACCACGCAUUGGAUCCACAAACAAAAGCCUUGGAUUGGCUAACCACACAAGAUAGUGGUUCCAAUGUCACCACUAAUAGCACAUCUGAGUUGUUGCAACGUUAUGCCAUGGCCGUAUUUUACUAUGCCACGGAUGGAGACAACUGGAAUCGGAAUACCACCUUUCUUAGCGACGCCUCGGUAUGUGACUGGGGAAGCAAUUAUGGAGACGGUGUGACUUGUAACGGCGCAGGACAAGUUACGAGCUUUCGAUUAUUCAAUCGUGGUUUGACUGGGUCACUACCAAGUGAGAUUGGAUUGCUGUUCAGCCUGAGGGGAAUUUUUCUUUCAAUGAACAACAUCACUGGGAUACCUUCACGAAUAGGGUCUUUGCGGAACUUGGAGGACUUGUACCUAUCUCGAAAUGAUCUUUUGGGGGGUAUUCCAGAAUCCAUUUCAAAGCUUCGGAAUCUAGAGAGCCUCCAUAUCCAAGACAACCCUCGAUUGACGGGCGAUUUGGAUCCACUGUGCAGCAAUGUCAAGCCAUUUUUCUAUGGUGCGGCCGACUGCAAGAAGCCAGACUUGAUAUGUAGUUGUUGUAAGGCUUGCUCGUAG